AUGCCUCCCAAGAGAGCUGCCGGUACGGCGAGCGAGGCGGCGGGAGCCGCUAAGAAGACCAGAACCGCUGCUGCGAGCAAGAAGACAGUUGCCGCCACCAAGGAUGAAGCACCAAAGAAGCCUCUGCCAGCGAAGAAAGACGCGCCGGCCAAGAAGACACCCGCCGCGAAGAAGACCGCGAGUACUGCCAAGAAGCCUGUAGUCAAGAAAGCUUCCGCACAGCCUGCGAAGAAGGGCCCCAAGUCUGCCGAGGAAUCGGACAAGGAAAACCAAGACGCCAUCCCAAAGGUCAAUGGCGUGAAGCGCACACGCGAAGAUGAAGAGACCGGCGAGGCCGAGGCCGAUGAUCAGACGCGCACCAAACGCGCGAAGAAGGACGAAGCCCCGGCCGCUGCGCCGAAGAAGAGGAAGGUCGCUGCUCCAAAGCCCGCGGGGAAGCGCGUCCCGCGCGAGCUCAAAGCCAUCAAUGAGCCGCCUACACAGGUCAUGGACAUCUUCGUCUUUGGCGAGGGCUCUGCGGGCGAGCUCGGUUUGGGUAGUGUCCGCGUCGACGGCAAGAAGCCCAUUGAUGUGAAGCGCCCGCGUCUGAACCACAACCUCAAGGGCAUUGUGCAAGUUGCCUGCGGCGGCAUGCAUGUUGCCGCUCUGACCAAAGACAACAAGAUCCUGACCUGGGGCGUCAACGACCAGGGCGCACUCGGUCGCGAUACCACCUGGGCCGGCGGUCUGAGAGACGUUGAAGACGAGGAUGACUCCGAUUCCGAUGGCGAGGACACCGGAAUGAAUCCAAAGGAGAGCACGCCUGCCGAGAUUGACACAUCCGACGUCCCAGACGACGUCAAAUGGGUGCAGGUCGUGGCGAGCGACAGUGCGACUUUUGCCUUGACCACGACCGGCCAGGUUUGGGGAUGGGGCACAUUUAGAAGCAACGAAGGCAUUCUCGGCUUUAGCAGGAGAGUCAUGGUCCAGCGCACUCCGACCCUCGUCCCUGAGCUUUCCAAAAUCAAGCAGCUCGCCGCCGGCUUGAACCACAUCCUCGCGCUCGACGAAAAGAACAAGAUUUACGCGUGGGGCGCCGGCCAGCAAGCCCAGCUCGCCCGCCGGCUGCUUGAGCGCGACGACCACGCGGCCCUGUACCCGACCGGCAUCGGCUCGCUUCCCGGGCGCGCCAAGCCGGUCAAGCUCGCCUGCGGCUCGUACCACUCCUUCGUGAUCGACAGCAACGCGCGCGUCAUCGGCUGGGGCCUGAACAAUUACGCCGAGCUCGGCGUCGAGGACGAGGCCGGCCAGGACGGCGGCUUCGUCAUGCGCCCGCAGCUCAUCAAGUCGCUCGCGCCGUAUCAAAUCAUCAACAUCGCCGGCGGCGAGCACCACUCGCUGGCGUGCACGGCCAAGGGUGAGCUGCUCACGUGGGGCCGCAUCGACGGGCACCAGGUCGGCCAGCCGGCCGGGUCCUUUUCCGAGGACAACACCAUCUGGGACGAGCGCAACAAGCCGCGCAUCCUGGUGGUGCCCACCAUUGUGCCGGACAUCAAGGACGUGGUGAGCGUCGCCGCAGGGACGGACCACUCGUUUGCCAUUACUAGGGACGGCAAGGUCUACUCGUGGGGGUUCUCGGCCAAUUACCAGACGGGGCAGGGCACCACGGACGAUAUCGAGGCGCCCACGCGCAUCGAGAAUACUGCGAUUCGCGACAGAAAGAUUGUGUUUGCUGGCGCUGGGGGGCAGUAUGGAAUUGUCGGGGCGUUGCCGGAA